AUGGAACCAUACCGACUAUCGGCCACAAAAGCCCUGCAUCUCAUCCAGAAAAAUGAGUUGACCGUCGAAGCCUACGCGCGCUCGCUCCUCGCGCGCAUCGAAUCCCGAGAACCCACCGUACAAGCAUGGGCGUACCUGUACCCGGAAGCCGUGCUCGAACAGGCGCGUCGCUUGGAUAAAGUUCCGACCGAGCAGCGAGGGCCACUACAUGGCAUUGCAAUUGGUGUCAAGGAUGUUAUCUAUACGAAAGACAUGCCAACGGAGCACAACUCCCCGCUGUACAAAGACAGUCACGUCCCCGUCGACGCAGCCUCAAUCGCGAUUCUACGAGCUGCUGGCGCAUUGAUUCUCGGAAAAACCCAAACAACCGAAUUCGCAAGCACAACCAUCGGACCAAAAACCAUAAACCCACAUUCCCUCCCUCCCUUACCCGUUCGUACACCAGGCGGCUCAAGCUCCGGCUCCGGCGCCGCGGUCGCAGACUACCACGUUCCAUUUGCACUGGGCACACAGACAGGCGGGAGCAUCAUCCGGCCUGGCUCGUUCAACGGGAUCUACGGGUUCAAGCCAACAUGGGGCGCUGUGAGUCGCGAGGGGCAGAAGGUUUAUUCGCUUACACUCGAUACGUUGGGGUGGUAUGCUCGGAGCGUGGAGGAUCUGAGAAUGCUAGCGGGUGUGUUGGGGAUUAAGGAUGACGAUGUCCCGAGGAAAUUGAAGGGGUUGAAGGGAGCGAAGUUCGGACUCGUCAAGGGGCCCGUCUGGCGUCUCGCCGGCCCCGGCACAAUAAACGCACUGGAGAAAGCGAAAGCACUGCUCCAGGCCCACGGCGCAACCGUUCACGACGUCGAACUGCCCGAAGAGUUCAGCAACAUGCCCGACUGGCACGCGAAGAUCAUGGCAUCUGACGGACGAACGACAUUCCUACCCGAGUACCUGAUUGACAAGACCAGACUGCAGACGUUCCUGGCGAACCAAGUUGAGAAUGUGAACGGGUGGACGCAUAAACAGGAACUCGCGGCCUUUGACGGCGUCGCGAGUCUCCGGCCUGUUAUUGAUAGUAUCGUGGACGGAUUCGAUGCGCUGAUCACGCCUAGUGUUGUCGAUGAGGCGCCCCUCGGGAAUGGGAGUACGGGGUCUGCGGCGUUUAAUGGGAUGUGGACGGCGCUACAUACACCCGUCGUGAACAUCCCGGGGUUUAAGGGCGAGAAUGGCAUGCCUGUGGGUGUGUCGCUUGUGGCGGCGAGGUACAAGGAUGAGCAUCUGCUUGAGGUUGCUGAGGUUGUUGGGGGGGUCUUUGAGAAGGAGGGUGGGUGGAAGUCUGCUUUGUAA